UGAAUGCUGGUCCUGGAAGUACUCUGCAUGCAUGGCACUAUCUCCCAUGAGCACCCAUGGGAGGUUAUGCCUGAUCUUUACUUCUACAGAGACCCAGAGCAGAUUGAGAAGGAAGAACAAGCUGCUGCUGAGAAGGCCAUGACCAAGGAGGAGUUUCAGGGCGAAUGGACUGCACCAGCUCUUGAGUUCACUACUGCUCAGCCAGAGGUGGCUGACUGCUCUGAGGGUGUGCAGGUGCCCUCGGUGCCCAUCCAGCAGUUUCCUACUAAAGACUGGAGUGCCCACCCAGCCACUGAGGAUUGGUCAGCAGCUCCCACAGCACAGGGUACGGAGUGGGUUGGAGCUACCACGGAGUGGUCCAGAGCUCCUCUGCAGACACCUGAGCAAAGGGGGAAAAGGUGGAAGGAAAACAAAGUUCCUACAAGCUGA